UGAGUGUCAGACCUUUGAAAAACCACUCCUAGUUUCUCAGUCUGUUUAUCGUUUUUGGGACUCUGCCUUUCUCAGCCUAGCCAUCAACAUGCUGACACCACAUCUGCUGAGCCUUGCUCUGCUGCUGUCACUGACUUGCCUGGCAUCGAGCAGAUCUGUCAGUGAGGACAUGGUGGAGGUUUCCUCGGUCUCAGGUCAGAGCUCUGCCCUGGAGUGCAGCGCUAAACACAAGCCCGGAGUGCGGUACAUCUCUGUGAGGUGGUACAAGCUUGAAAGCUACCCGUCUCUUCAGCGCAGUGGCCUCCUGACCAGAAGCCUCCCGAACGGCACAACCAGAUGGUACAAAGAUGCAACCAGAGAGGUGCAUCUGCAGGGUGAAUCCCAUGACAUCUUCCUGCCCAACAUGACGUGCAGCGACAGUGGAGUGUACCUGUGUUACCUGGUUGCUCCGGUGGGAGAACAGAACCAGGAGGGGAAAGUUAUGCUCACUCUGACAGAUUGUCCUGCUGGCCCAACACAUUCCCCUGAUGGCUCCAUAGAUUCUCCUGUCAGACCCGAAACCCCUCUGUUGGCAGAUACAGUUCUGGUUAUUUUUGCCUCAGCGCUGCUGGUGCUAGCACUUGCCAUAUCCUUCAUGAGCUAUAGAUGUUUGAACAACACAGUCAAAGGCAGAACUCCAGCUAAGAAAGAAAUCUUUCUGAACGGGCCACUGAAACCACUUCAAAAAAAGGACUUAAUGUUGAUUUACACUUUGGGUCCAAAAACGUCCAAGCUGAACCAUAUCUGUGUCUGAAGACUGUCAGAGGAGUAAGAUACAACAAGCCCCCUUACAGAGAGCCAGCACAUAAGCGAAGAGAAGGUGAUCUGUGGAGAGGGGAUCAGAAUGUCAGCUGGGUUCAUCAUGCAGGUCGAUCUUCCAGGAUGCUUGGUCUGUUUCUGCCCAGAACAGCAAGCUAUUCAGCAGGAUGCUAUUGCUUGGAUGCUCCAUACACCAAUCAAAAGCAAUAUAAAUGCGCUGUUAGCUGCUUUAUGUGCAGGAUGAUAGAUGGCUAAAGUCUAUCUGGAUAAGACUGGUAAAGCGGUGGAAGCUCCUGUUUUUCAGGCUGCUGUUCUUACUGUGAUGUUUAUGAUCCAAAAGAUGUGCUAAUUAUUUUGCCCCUUCACCAUUUCAUACCUUUGCAUAUUUAGUCGUUUAAUAUCUGACGUUUUUUAGCUACAAAAUUUCAACAGUUCAUACCGGCUUCAUCAGCCAUUGAAGUGGGUACAUUAUAUUCAACUCAUAUACAGUAAGGAAAUGUGGUAUUAUUACUCCAGUAAUUUACUCCAGUAAUUAAUAUCUACCAACAGGAUUUCACUUAGAGUAAUUUUGGUUUGAUCACAGGGCAUAAUCUGUCAUAUUUCGUAUGUCAGCUCAUGCAAAUGCUCAGUCGUACUAAAACAAAUUGAAAAUUAAGCUUUAUUGUAAACUUUUAAGAAAAUAAUGCGCAAUCCAAUUAAAUCAUUACUGAGAUUGAAGCAUUUUUAUUACCAUUUAUCUCCAUAGUUCAGAAAAAUAUUUAACAGAGGGGGGGGGAAAUCUGAUAUGUUGCAGUAUAUCCACAUUUUGUAGGUAUGAAUUGGAAAAAGAGAUGGAUUGAAAUAACAACGUUUAUGGUGAAGGGGUUAAUUGACCCAGAGAAACUCUUUUUUUUUUUUUUUUUCUUCUAAAUAUAGAAAUGAAAUAAUGUUAAAUAUAAAAAAAAACGAGUAGAAACACUAACUGACAAAGGCUGUCAAUCUGUGAUGGAUUACACUGAGUUGGUUUUACUGAGACACCGGUAGGUGUUACUGCGUUUAGAUAAAAGCUGCUGCUGAGGUAUCCAGAAUCCAGCUCUUUACUGAGUUGAGUUCUUGUUUCAUGUUCUCAUGGUGUGUGUGUGUAGAAGGUUAUUUAUUAAAAUAGGGAUCUAAUUAAACAGAGUUUCAGGGUUUGGUGUUCUGUGCUUCUAGACUUGGAUUAUGUAUAGAAAUCUUUUUUUAAACCAAGGUUGUUGGAAGUUUUCUUUAUACCACUCUGGUUGUUUUGUUUGUACAAAUAGGAAAGUAUGAAACUGUGUGGGUGGAAAUGAACCUGAUUACCCUUUAAAAUGAUGAACUGAGAAGUGAUGACAUAUCGAAACACCCACGUUGUGUACAAAUUUAGUUCUUGGGAAAGUUAUGGGUGUUGAUCCCUUAGUUCUGGCCUUUUCAUGAGCUUGAGACUUUUAAAACUAAAUCUUUGGUUUAAUCUCGCAUUUGGUCGUACGUUGCUUGAAAAAAAAAAAAAAAAGUUUGUUAUAAACAUUAAGAACGUCAGCUAUAGGAAAAAAAAAAUAAAUUAAAGCAACAGAAGAGGAACCUCCAACGUCAUUUAACCACUGUGUAAAUGGGAAAGUCCAUUAUAAUCUCUCUGUUUGUUUUUUUACAAAACCCAGAAGUGGAAAAAGGAAGUAGAAAGAAACGCUGUGGCAGCUAAAACUGUGUAAAAAAAACCUCACUUAAACAUGUGAUGUACAAUAGCACUUUUUGUUACAUUAAAAUUGAAAUAAAAACUACAAAUUAA